UUGCAACAGUCUCAACACUCGCUUGCCACAAUCGCCCCACAGAGACGUGGGCCAAUGCGCUGCUGAAGAGUUUUGGAGAACUGCCGAUCUACCCUCUACCUCCUCUCCAGUCUGCAGACUUAGAUGCACAGAUUUCGAGAGUUACCAGUUUAGUUUUUCCUGCUACUCGCGGCAGAGUUCCUCGCUCUGCGAUUCCCAGUGAUCAUCUAUUGUUUGUUUUCCCCCGUUUAGCCCUGCCUUUCACCCAUAAUGUGUCUCAAGAUCUGUCGCUGCUGCUGCUGCUGCUAUGGCAGCGCCUCGGCAGCGGGCAACCAGCAGCAGUGCCAGGAGCUGCAGCUGAAGGACCUGACACCCGAGCUGAUGAUCACAAUCACCACACAGCCGCACAACAACAGCUCUCACAAUCUCAGCUCCAACGCGAGCCUGGCGGAGCGACCCAACAUUCUCGGGAGCUGGAGCUGCGACGAGGAGAUCGAGCACUACAAUGUCGAUGAUUACGAGUCUCGCACGCCAACCAUGUGGCGCGCCUGGUGGCUCCAAGGUGCCAGCGAGCAGUUGUCAUCUGUAAUACUGAGUUGAGCACUUAAGCAGGUGGGAGUGUGUGUGCGGAACAAUAUAUGGUCAAGCCAAGACCGCCACCUGCUGCACAUUGUAAUGCACCUGCGUCUUGGAGAGCAGCACAAAAAUUAAAUAUCAUUUAUGGCGAGAGUGUCGGGAGUGAGCGACUGGUAUAUACCCUAUACCCAUUGUUAUAAUAUCAGAGAUAUAUAUAAGGACAUAUCACUGAUAUUUCCCAUAUAAACUAACUUAUCCAUUUUUAAUAGGGUAUUUCAAAUACAAAUGUCACAAAACCCUAUACUGGGCGAAAAUAAAGCCGAAAGCAAGCAAA